AGCUCCCCGGCCGCCCCCGCGCCCCGCGGCCCUGAGGCGGCCCGGGCCCGGCGGGAGCAGCCGGGCUAUGCCGAGCAGGCCGCCUCGCCAGUUUGAAAGUACCUCUGCGCUCCCGACCGCGCUCCCUAAAUGGUUGUCGCUUUCCACCUCCCACGGAGGGAUGAGUUAGGCUGGAGCUGGCGCCGACGCGGGUCCCCGCGCAGAGCCCUCGGUAAGCCAAGAGAGAGCUGCUCCCUGGGUUGUAUCCUGUGCCCUUCACAAGUGUGAGCACAUCGCAGCCAGCACGGAGAAGGGCCUCCUGUCGUCUUCAAGGCACUUGCCUCUGCCUCCCGUUCCUUUGUCCAAAAGAAGGAAAAGCCAGACCAAAUCAGUCCAUAAAGAACGUGUGCUGGUCUAAGGAGGAGGCUCUGGAGUCUCUUCACCUCUUUUCUUCCCAGGAUCCUGGCUGUGGGCUGGAUUUUCUGGUCUCAGCUUGAGGGGAUCAUUUACAGGGAAUCAGGAUCUCAGAAGUUUUUGGUCUUGCUUUUACUUGAACCCUUUCAUCCGGGAACCUGAAGCUAUCACUGCUGAAAUCCCAUUUUUUUCCCCAAGCAUGUCAGAAAGCUGGCAGCAGCAACAGCAGCAACCACAGCAGCCGCCGCCACAGCAGCAGCACCACGCUGGGGCAGCUGCCCUCCCAGAGCACUCCAUCCCUCCCAGCACUGCUGACAACCCCCUGGGCUGUGCCGUGUACGGCAUCCUGCUCCAGCCGGACCCCGGACUGCAGCACCACCAGCACGCCCCCAUCCAGGCUGGAGAGCCAUCCCACAAGUGCGGCGUGUGUGGCCAUGACCUCGCCCACCUCUCCAACCCCCAUGAGCACCAGUGCUUGCCAAGCCAUGACCGCUCUUUCCAGUGUACCCAGUGCCUGAAGAUCUUUCACCAGGCCACCGACCUCCUCGAACACCAGUGCAUCCAGGUGGAGCAGAAGCCCUUUGUGUGCGGGGUUUGCAAGAUGGGUUUCUCCCUCCUGACCUCACUGGCGCAGCACCACAAUGUCCACAACGGCAACGCCAUGAAGUGCUCUAUCUGUGAGAAGACCUACAAGACUUCCGAGGUAGAGCAUUCACAGCCUCUGGACCCCUCGGAGAAGCCCUACAGCUGCUCCAUCUGUCAGAAAACCUUCAAGCACCUCUCGGAGCUGUCCCGGCACGAGCGCAUCCACACGGGUGAGAAGCCGUACAAGUGCACGCUGUGCGACAAGAGCUUCAGCCAGUCCUCCCACCUGGUGCACCACAAACGGACGCACAGCUCGGAGCAGCCCUACAAGUGCACGGUGUGCGAGAAGACCUUCAAGCACCGCUCCUACCUGGUGCGCCACAUGUACGCGCACUCGGGGGAGCACCUCUUCAAGUGCAACGUCUGCGAGCUGCACUUCAAGGAAUCCUCGGAGCUGCUGCAGCACCCCUGCACGCCCAGCGGGGAGCGGCCCUUCCGCUGCGGGGAGUGCCAGAAGGCCUUCAAGCGUCCCUCGGACCUGCGGCAGCACGAGCGCACGCACAGCGAGGAGCGGCCCUUCAAGUGCGACCUGUGCCAGAUGAGCUUCAAGCAGCAGUACGCGCUCAUGCGCCACCGCCGCACGCACAAGGCCGAGGAGCGCUUCAAGUGCAACCUCUGCGAGAAGGGCUUCGUGCAGCCCUCGCACCUGGUGUACCACCAGCACGUGCACGGCAUAGAGAACCUCUUCAAGUGCAACGUGUGCCAGAAAGGCUUCAACCAGUCCUCGGAACUGCUGCGGCACAAGUGCGUGCAGAACGCCGAGCGGCCCUUCAAGUGCGCGGUAUGCAACAAGUCCUACAAGCGGGCCUCGGCUCUGCAGAAGCACCAGCUGGCCCACUGCGCCGAGAAGCCGCUCAAGUGCACGCUCUGCGAGAGACGUUUCUUCUCCUCCUCAGAGUUCGUGCAGCACCGCUGCGACCCGGCCCGCGAGAAGCCCCUCAAGUGCCCCGACUGUGAAAAGCGGUUCAAGUACGCGUCGGACCUGCAGCGCCACCGGCGCGUGCACACGGGCGAGAAGCCCUACAAGUGCUCCUCCUGCGAGAAGGCCUUCAAGCAGCGCGAGCACCUCAACAAGCACCACAGCGUGCACGCCCGGGAGCAGCAGUACAAGUGCAUGUGGUGCGGGGAGCGGUUCCUGGACUUGGGCCUGCUGCAGGAGCACAGCGUCCAGCACACGGCCGAGGGUGCCUACCAGGUGGCUGCCUGCUUGCCAUGAGCCUCCCGCCCCACGGUGGCUUUCAGCUUGCAUGGGACGCUCCCGAGCCUCGGCCUUCCCUUCCCUCUCCUCGGUUGUUGGCAACCUCCAGGGAGUGUGGGGGAAAGGGGGGGUACGGUGUGUGGGCAGGUAAACUUUCCUCUGGCCUCAGACAUGCCACCUGUAUCGAAGUAGCGACAGACGACGUGGACAUCUCAAAGGGGUGGAAAGGAAAGGAGGGAGGUGGAGAGAGGAAACUAUGCCUGUAGAUGCCUGGUGUUCCCUGGACUGUCGUUUGUGCUGUACCUGCAGUUCCAGUCCUGGGAGCUCAGCUGUCUCUUGCAGGCACCAGCUCUUUGCGUGCAGCCUUUUUCCCCUGCCCUGCCUGGCAGGGUUGGUGGGGAGGAUUGGGUGACUCUCCUUCUGGAGAGGGUUUAGGAGCAAGGCAGAGCCAGCCCUCCCUUCUCCCAGGGUGUGCUGCUUGGGGUCUCCCAACUUGGUCCAGGCUCAGUUGAGGGCAUUAUUUCAGAUGGUUAAUGUUGAUUGACUGCCCCAACCUCCCCUGCUCUCCCUCCUUCUAGAGUGUUGAAAGGGAAAAGCCAUGGGGCUUCACAGCUCCAAAAAGCACUUUGGCGUUGCUGCUUUUGCAGUGGCUGGCUGUCACACUCUGCAGGGGUUCUGAGUGAGCCUGCCUGCCCCCUGUCCCUGCCAGCUGCGCAGGGAAGUGCUGUGCUGCCACCAGAAAGCAUGGCAAGGAGCACUGGGACAGUCUGCCAGGGAGGAGGUCAUGGAUUCUCCCCAUCUGGAGACAUUCAGACCCACCUAGAGAUAUUUCUGUGUAACCUGCUUUAGGUGCCCCUAACUUAGCAGGGGGGUUGGACUAGAUAAUCUCCAAAGGUCCUUCAAGCCCUAACAGUUCCAUGAUUCUGUUACAGCAUUCAUACCCUGCUCCCAACCAAAAGCCUGCCAUUCAAGAGCUGCUUCCCAAGGGACUUAGCCUCCUCCUGCCUUGCCUCCAGCCCCUUGAGCACCCCUUGGCUGACAGUGGUACCUCCAGCAGGGUCAGGCAAUGGGCUGUCACAGCUCCAACACUAAGGGGUGAGAUGAACACUACAAUAACCUACAACUGCAGAGGUGUUGCCAUGGCCAGCAGUAACCCACAGCAUGUGCCAGGGGCUUGGUGUCUGAUUUGCUGGAGGAACCAGAGUGAGCCAGGAGAGUCCUUUAUGGCCUGCAGGCUCAGCUCCAUGGGGAGGGCAAAGUUAGCAGUGGGUAAAGAGAAGUCUAUUUUUUCCCCUCUUGCAGGAGUCCUGUUUUACCCCUUUGCCCUUUCUUUACCUCGUCUGUAUUCUUCAGGUUUUGCACACUUCUUGUAAACAUCACUUAAAAAUAAAUCUCCCCUAGGUUGAUGCAGCCUCAGGUGUUUUCCUCUGCAGGAAUUUGCUGGCUUCUCAUGUCCAAGAGAUCCAUUACGUGUCAGUUAGAUGCCUUGGAGAUUGAAGAUGUGCCUACUAGAUGGUUCCCCUGCCUUCCCCCUCCAUCUUUGGAGACAAUAAGUAUCCAUCUGUGGAGAUGUUCAGUCCCUGUCUGGAUGUGGUCCUGGACAACCUGCUGUAGCUGAUCCUGUGCAAGCAAGGAGUAGGACCUGAUGGUCUUCAGAGGUCCCUGCCAGCCUCAGCUCGUCUGUGCUGUUGGCUGGUGCUCUUGUGAGGUUUUGAGCAGCAGCCAGGGUGUUAUCCAUGUGCUGCACGGGAGAUUGGGACAAGGUUAAUGGCUGUUGUCCAUGGCAAGUGUAGACAUUAACCUUGCAGAGGGUUGGACUGGGCCUGCAUCUCAUUUGGGGGACACCUGUCUGAAAGGUGGAGAAAGGCUUUAGUUUUCCAUUUCCAGCACGGUGAGGGGAACAGGGUGUAUUUUCAGGGGCUGGGACAGGGCAGUGACAGGGCAGACCCUGGGGCUGAGUCUUUUUCAUGUGCAACUUUAAGGUGAUUAAAACAGACUGUGUUCUCUGCUGCCCAAGGAGGAGGGACCCAUGGUGGUUAUCUUACUUUGUGCUGCCUCAAAGAUGUAGAACUUCCUACCAAGUUUUCCAUCUGUGUUUCUUUUUCCUCUUUUUUUGUUUUACCUUUUUUUUUAAAGCAGUUUGUUAAAAUUCAUUAAAAUACUGUAUAGUUUAACUUGAUGUCAUACUGAAUC